CAGAGCGCAAGGUCAGUUUGCCCGGCUCUCUCCGGGUUCUCACAAGCCCCGCCCCCUGUCCGCCGCUCCCGGGGCCCCUCGCCCUCCCGGAGGAGCCACACAGCGUGCAAGAUCCCGCGAGGGCGAGGCGUGGGGGGUGGGAGUCGGGGCCGUCAGGGCGGUGUCCUCCACAGACCCGCCCAGCCGCCUGCCACUCCGCGCGCCAAAGUCAAAGUGCGUGUCCCGCCGGCGCCAGAUUGACGCUGCAGCCCCGAGCCGCCCGUACCUCCGUGUUCCUGCAGGUCCCGCGCCCGAGCCGUCUGGAGCUAGGCAUGGCCACCCCACCUAAGAGGUUCUGCCUUUCUCCCUCGACCAGCUCUGAGGGGACCCGCAUCAAGAAGAUCUCCAUCGAGGGGAACAUCGCUGCUGGGAAGUCAACGUUUGUGAAUAUUCUAAAGCAAGUCUGUGAGGACUGGGAAGUGGUUCCUGAGCCUGUGGCCAGGUGGUGCAAUGUGCAGAACACUCAAGAUGAAUUUGAGGAAUUGACGACGUCCCAGAAGAGUGGUGGGAAUGUUCUUCAGAUGAUGUAUGAGAAACCUGAGCGGUGGUCUUUUACCUUCCAAUCAUAUGCCUGUCUCAGCCGGAUCCGAGCUCAGCUUGCCUCUCUCAAUGGCAAGCUCAAAGAUGCAGAGAAACCUGUAUUAUUUUUUGAACGAUCUGUGUAUAGUGACAGGUAUAUUUUUGCAUCUAAUUUGUACGAAUCUGACUGCAUGAAUGAGACAGAGUGGACGAUAUAUCAAGACUGGCAUGACUGGAUGAAUAGCCAGUUUGGCCAAAGCCUUGAGUUGGAUGGAAUAAUUUACCUUCGAGCUACUCCAGAGAAAUGUUUAAACAGAAUAUAUAUACGGGGAAGAAAUGAAGAACAAGGCAUUCCUCUUGAAUAUUUAGAGAAACUGCACUAUAAACAUGAAAGCUGGCUCCUUCACCGGACUCUGAAAACCAACUUUGAUUAUCUCCAAGAGGUGCCUAUCCUCACACUGGAUGUUAAUGAAGACUUUAAAGACAAACACGAAAGUCUGGUUGAAAAGGUCAAAGAAUUUUUGAGUACUUUGUGAUUGCACAGGAGACAACAAGAUGUUUCCAGAUACUUCAGCUUUGUGUAUUGCGAUUGCUUGUUAUUCAUACAGGAGUUUUUACAAGAUUCAAGGUUUUUAAACUAUUUUUGUUUUAAGAAAACCCCCUUUUCUUUAUAUAUGUAUAUAUAGUUUAUUUAAUAUUGGUAAUCAUGUGUAAAACUUUGUGUUCCUCCUUUACCCCCUUACAUUCUUCGCUUCUGUUCGUCUUUCCACAGUUUUACAUCAGGGGUGUGUAUAUCUCACAACAGGAAGUCUGGAGGUAGACUUUCCUAGGAUCAGUGCAGUGAGUGGAUAGAUGUUCUAACAGGCCCCGCCCUCUCUGCCUUCUCAGCUGUUAUCCUGGGUGCAAGCUGAGAAGUGGAGUUUGGGGAGUCCCUGGAGUAGGGAUGUGGAAGCAUUCGCUUGGCUUUCUCCCUGUUCUCUUUGGUAGUACUGGAGGUCGAAGGCGGGGUCUUUCAUGUUAGGGAGGCUCUGCAGAACUGUCCCAGCCCUUGAUGUUCUGUUUUCAUCAAAUGCCUCUCCUGCUCUACUUACUGGUGAGGAUAGGACCAUGUUAGUGUCACCGCAGUAGUGUUCACUACUGUGUCUGGUGAGGAUAGGACCAUGUUAGUGUCACUGCAGUAGUGUUCACUGCUGUGUCUGGUGAGGAUAGGACCAUGUUAGUGUCACUGCAGUAGUGUUCACUACUGUGUCUGGUGAGGAUAGGACCAUGUUAGUGUCACUGCAGUAGUGUUCACUGCUGUGUCUGGUGCGUUUGUAGAGGAGGAGGUUAAACUCUCUCCAGUUUGGUAUUGGUAUAAUUACUGUAUAAAUGUUUUAAUCUUUAAUCUGUUUCUUUGUCUGGGAUGAAUACUCAAUUUUUUUUACGUAAAAUUUUGGACCAGAAGAAAUCUUUCUUUAAGAGGUAACUAAGAAGUUUAUUACAUGAGUAUAAAGCGUCAUUAAAAUAGGCACUGCUUUUCUCCGACUACUGCAGUUAAAAUGCUUGUUUACAAAACACAGGGUCUCUCUACACACCUGGCUGUCCUGGAACUCACUGUGUAGGCCAGGCUGGCCUGGCCUUGCACUCACAGAGAUCCUCCCACCUCUGCCUCCCUCCCCACUCCCACCGCUCAGAUAAGGUGUGUAACACCACACCUCACUCUGAUUUUUUUGAAAUCACUUGAGGUGCAAGUACAGAUUUUCCUAUUUUUCUUUUAGUUUCCUAACAAAUUUUUUUUUAGUUUUUGUGUAAAAUGAUGAUAGAACACGACUAAGUUUUCCAUUUUUCCCCAUCGAGCCUGUGUUGAUGAGUGGUCUCUCUUUAGCUGCAUACAUGGUGAGACACUGAGAAGCCUCCCAGUCUGAUCAGCCCCACCUCUCACCACAUGGCAGACAUUUUCCCUGCUCUGUCUGAAGUUCCUGGAUUCACAUUUCUGCCGAGAGUGCUGUGGUCACACUGUGCUUCAUAGAGUGCUUGCUUUGUAGAAUUCUUCUUAAAUUUUUUUGUAGUCACAGAGAAAUUACUGAUAAAGCGAUUUUUUCUUUAUAUAUAGGAAAUAAAAUUGACAAAUACCGUGAGGCUUAAAGUUCCCAUUAAUAAUGGCUGUAUCUCUAACCUGCUCUCAUGUUUAGUUGUAAAGUGUGCUUAUACAUAAUUAAUGAAGUUUUUUUUAAUUGUUUUUUUUUUUUUUUGUCUGCUGUAGUUUUUAAAGUUAUAAUGUGCAUUAUUUCUACCAAGUAAUUAACCUUUCUAAUUCAUAUUAGGGAAAAUGUAUAAUUUCUUGAAACAAAGAAUUGCAUUUAUGUUGAAGCUCUAAUUUUUUUUUCUAAAAUGUUACCUUUUAUUUUUGGUUUCUUAUUUGAAGAUGAUAAUUUAGUGGGUUAGCACAGACAGUAGCACUGAUCUUUGAAAAGAGGAUGCAAUUUCAAGUCUGUAAUAACCAUAACCUGUUUUAUGAUAUUUGUGAUGUUUUUUGUUGUUGUUUGAUAUAAAUAAAUUUGCCAAUUUAAAUAUAUGUCAAUAAAUGAAUUUAACUUUCU